AUGGCUUCCAACGGAGAACAAUCAGACACUCAGGGUGUUGAUACUAUCGUCUCGCGCAACAAGCAAUGGAGAAUCAGUACGCGCAAGAGACCUAUCCUUAAGGCUGGCCCUAUAGAUGCCAUGAACGAGAAACUUGGUAUUCCUGUACCUGAGAUGAUUUUCGGUGAUAAUCUCGUUGCUAUCGAGCAUGUCCCUUCUGGCUGGGCCGUUGACUUCAAUGCUUUCAAUGCUCUUGACCGCGUCUCCAAGACCGCCGAUGGCAUGUUGCAGGUUGCAUAUUCCAAGGAGUGGCAGAAAGACCGGUAUGUGCUGCUUGAACUCAUUAUCCAAAUCAAGAUGAACAGCGCUAACCUUGCUAAACUUACCAGCCAACACCACCACGAGGGCAUCAAGGAAGUCGUCAAGCCAUUCGACUGGUCAUACAGCACAGACUUCAAAGGUCACACUCACAGCCCGGAUCCUGCUGUCGUCUGGCAGCCAACUGAUCAGUCCAAGGAUCCCAUCAGAACUGAUCUUCUCUCGCGUCCGGACCCUAUACUGUUCUACGACGAUGUCAUCUUUUACGAAGACGAGUUGGCUGAUAAUGGUAUCGCCAUCUUCAGCUGCAAGAUCCGUGUCAUGGCCGAACGUCUUCUAGUCUUGUGUAGGUUCUUCCUGCGUCUAGACGGAGUCAUUGUGCGCGUCAGAGAUACACGAAUCUAUAUCGAGUUGGGUUCCAACACUGUGAUUCGACAGUACACGGCCAAGGAAGAAUCAUACGAUGUCGUCCAAUCCAAGCUACAGAUGCACAGAGAAAACAUCCCGGAAGUCCUGCGUGAUGCCAACCGCAUCGCCCCUCUUCUGCGGACUGUUGAGGAUACUAUGGACAAGGUCAUCAUUCCUUGA